AUGAAGGCAUCCAGUGGUCUCCUGAUUGUCCUUUUUGGACUGACUACAGCUUUAGUUAGAGAGCAUAUCUAUGUGGACAUCCCGAAGAGCUGGACUGAUGCUCAAAGUUAUUGCAGACAAAAUUAUGAAGACCUGUCAACCAUUCAAAGUGAAGAAGAACAAGUGAUGCUUCAAAAGAUUGCAGGAAAUAUCUUGAAUUUCACUUGGAUUGGCCUGUACAGGGAGAAGACAAACACUCUCGACUGGAUGUGGUCAGAUGGAGAUUCAUUUUCCUUCUCUAUGUGGAAAUCCGAUCAACCUGAUAAUCGUAAUGGAAAUCAGUUCUGUGGAUCCACAAUGAAUGAAUGGUAUGACCGAGAGUGUUCUGCCACUUUUCCUUUUUUCUGUGAAAAGAUUUUAAGUCUUGUUAAAAAAAAGAUGACAUGGGAGGAAGCUCUAGAGUACUGCAGGGCUAACCACACUGACUUGGCCAGCAUGACCUCUGAGAUAGAACUACAGUUCGUAAAAAGUGAGACAGUAGAAUCUGAGACAGACAGUGUGUGGACAGGUCUGCACUUCCUGGCUGGAAAAUGGCUCUGGGUGAACAGGGAGCAUCUCAGGAAUCAAGUUUCACUUCCAGAUUGCCCAGCUGAGCCCUUUCGUUGUGGGGCCCGCAACACUAAAACUGACACAUGGGAGAACAGAAACUGUGACGAGAAGCUCAAUUUCAUCUGCAACUAG